UCCGCCAUGUUAGAUUCCGCCCGCAGGGAUCGCGACAGAAGUGGCAGCGGACGGUGUUUGCACCGGCCUCCGCAGGCGCCCCCCGGGGGCGGAAAGCUGCACCACAGCAUGGAACCACAAGUUACUCUAAAUGUGACUUUUAAAAAUGAAACUCAGAGCUUUCUGGUUUCUGAUCCAGAAAAUACAACUUGGGCUGAUGUGGAAGCUAUGGUGAAAGUUUCAUUUGACCUGAACACUAUUCAGAUAAAAUACCUGGAUGAGGAAGAUGAAGAGGUGUCUAUCAACAGUCAAGGAGAGUAUGAAGAAGCACUUAAGAUGGCGGUGAAGCAGGGAAAUCAACUGCAAAUGCAAGUCCACGAGGGAUACCAUGUUGUGGAGGAAACCUCCCUCCCAGUCGUGGCAGAAAAACGAGUAGUUCCCCAGGCGGGAAAGAAGCCGCUUGCACAUCGUCCUUCCCUGCUCAGAGUCUUGGGAUCAGACACGAAGAACUCGGAGACUCCUGCAGCACAGUCAUUUCCGCUUGCUCCGUGCGAUGCCCACCAGCCUGAAGACAAGCCCCCAGACUGGUUCACAAGCUACCUGGAGUCUUUCAGAGAACAAGUGGUUAAAGAAACAGUUGAGAAGCUUGAGCAGAGAUUGUAUGAGAAGCUUGUCCUUCAGAACCCUUCCUUGACUUCCUGUUCGUCAGAAGUCUCAAUACCUGUUUCAGAGGAAACACCAUUUUUGCCAGAAAAUCAGUUCAGCUGGCAUAUGGCUUGCAGUAACUGCCAAAGAAGGAUCAUUGGUGUGCGCUACCAGUGUAGCCUCUGCCCGUCCUAUAACAUCUGCGAAGACUGUGAAGCAGGGUCAUACGCCCAUGACACUAACCAUGUCCUGCUGAAGUUGAGGAGACCUGUUGUGAGUUCCUCUGAACCACUCUCCCACUCAAAGUGUUCUACUCCUCGGCUUCCUGCCGCCCUGGAACAAGUCAGGCUUCAGAAACAAGUAGAUAAGAACUUCCUUAAAGCAGAAAAGCAAAGAUUGCGAGCUGAGAAGAAACAGCGUAAAGCAGAAGUCAAGGAACUGAAAAAGCAGCUUAAACUCCACAGGAAGAUUCAUCUGUGGAACUCAAUCCAUGGACUCCAAAGCCCCAAGUCUCCUCUGGGCCGACCUGAGAACUUGUUGCAGUCUCACCCCUUGAUGCUCCCCUUGCAGCCCUGUGCCCCUGUGAUGCCAACACUCAGUGCAGCCUUUGUGGAUGAGAAUCUGCCUGAUGGAACUCACCUUCAGCCAGGAACCAAGUUUAUUAAACACUGGAGGAUGAAAAAUACAGGAAAUGUAAAGUGGAGCACAGACACAAAGCUCAAGUUCAUGUGGGGAAACCUGACUUUGGCCUCUGCAGAAAACAAGGAUGUUUUAGUUCCCUGCCUGAAGGCUGGCCAUGUCGGAGUUGUGUCUGUGGAAUUCAUUGCCCCAGCCCUAGAGGGAAUGUACACUUCCCACUGGCGUCUUUCUCACAAAGGCCAGCAGUUUGGACCACGGGUCUGGUGCAGUAUCAUAGUGGACCCUUUCCCUUCUACAGAGAGCCCUGAUACCACUGAACGGGGCUUGGUGUGCACGGGCAAAGCCGCUGAGCUCAGCUGCCAGCAGGAGGAAGCUUUUCUUCUGAGUAAAGAAGAAAGUCAGCUCGACUCAGCGACAGAACAGACAGAAGGGACAGGACCAUGCAUCACACAGAAGGCAAAGAAUGUUGCCAGCGAGAGGGAGCUGUACAUCCCCUCUGUGGACCUUCUGACUGCUCAGGACUUGCUGUCCUUUGAACUGUUGGAUAUAAACAUUGUUCAAGAGUUGGAGCGAGUGCCCCACAACACCCCUGUAGAUAUGACUCCCUGCAUGUCUCCUCUGCCACAUGACAAUCCUUUAAUAGAGAAGCCAGGCUUGGGGCAGAUACAGGAAGAGAGUGAAGGGGCGGGACUUAAAGCACUUCCUGAUCCCACAGUGUCCACCAAGAGGAAGUUGGAGAACAUUGCUUCAGUAGAAGAAGCAGAGGAAGACCUGAGUGGGACCCAGUUUGUGUGUGAGACUGUCAUCCGGUCCCUCACCUUGGAUGCUGCGCCAGACCACAGCCCGCCCUGUAGACAGAAGCCCUUGCAGUUGAAAUUGGCCUUGCCUGAAGAGGGACUACUUGGAGACGAGAAGGAGGAAAUUGUCCACAUUGCUGAGGAAGAAGUUGGGGAAGAGGAGGAAGAAGAUGAGCUCCAAGAUGAAGUUCAGAGUCAAUCCUCUGCUUCUUCAGAGGAUUACAUCAUCAUCCUGCCGGAGUGUUUUGACACCAGCCGCCCGCUGGGGGACUCCAUGUACAGCUCUGCACUGUCCCAGCCAGGCCUCGAGCGCGGGGCUGAAGGCGAGGCUGGGGUCGAGGGUGGAAAGACACUCCCUGAGGAGGAGAACCAGCCACAGGAGCAUCCCAUCACUGACAUCCUCGUGACCUCACAGACUCUGGAAACAGUGCCCCUGAUCCCAGAGGUGGUGGGGUUGCCACCACCACUGCCCAGGAGCACCGCCUGUGUACAGCAUCAUGGUUGCCUAGGAGUAGAUUCACCAGUUACCAUCCCAGCAGCCUCUCCUGCCCCUGAGGAGAUCCAAGGAGAGCCCAGAGGCUCAUCAGGACUUGUAAACGGCAGACAGAAGAGCUAUGACCACUCAAGGCACCAGCACGGGAGCAGCAUUGCUGGAGGACUGGUGAAGGGGGCUCUGUCGGUUGCUGCUUCUGCCUACAAGGCCCUGUUUGCUGGGCCUCCCGUCACUGCCCAGCCAAUCGUUUCUGAAGAUCAGACUGCAGCCCUGAUGGCCCAUCUCUUUGAAAUGGGAUUCUGUGACCGGCAGCUGAACCUCAGGCUGUUGAAGAAACACAAUUACAAUAUCCUGCAGGUUGUGACAGAACUCCUUCAGGUCAACAACAAUGACUGGUACAGCCACCGCUACUGAGGACUGACCUUGCAUUAAAUGACUUUCUGCUGCUCAUGGACCAUCUUCCUUCUGUCACUGGGGAUGUGGGUAGAAGCCUUGCUUGUUUCUGAAUCUGGUGAAUCUAAACAAGACCCAUUGUUAAAUUAUCAGGACAAAACCUGUUACAGUAUUUUUUGGAGUAAAUCAAAUACCAGAACUUAAAUUUUUGCUUUAGACAUUGAAUGAAUAGUAGAAAGAGUUUUUAAAUUGAUUUGCAUAAAACUCCUCCAAUUUAGCGCAUUGGACAGUAUCACUUCUGUAGAACCCAUUUUUCCCUCUGCUUGUACUGAAGUUAGUGUGCUUUCUUUGAUUAAUGUGGGUAUUUUAUAUGGAAGCAUCUGGUGUCAGUUUUCAAAUUAACCUUAAAAGUUUGAGUCUUUUUCUCACAAGUUCUGUCACCUACCUGUAGCCUCCUAGUUACAUGCCAUUGAGAUGACAGCCAGCGCAUGACACAAUAUCUCUAGCCUUCCUUUCUCAGGAGGGAAGUUGUUUUCUGCAAGACCUAGACAUUGGCACCGUUGUCGUCUGAACUACGGUGCAUCUGAGGGUACCACCUGCCAUGGCUGAGAGGAGGGGAACGCGUGCUAAUGAGUUAGCCCACCAGCACCCGUGGAGCAGUGUCUCUUAGAGCAAUUUUACAUACAUGUUUAUUUAAGGAAAACUUUUUAAGUAGGUAGUCAUGAAAUAUUUUGCUAAUCCUAUAGAGAAGAGGGGGAAAAAUGUUACUUAAAGGGAAAGUAAAUUUUAACAGUUACCUUUUUUGCUUCAUGUCAGAGCAAAUCCUAUUUUACAGUACAUUGGGGAAGGGAAGGGCAAGCAGGCUCCUGCCACAACCUCCACAAGCGUGAGGAGUAAGCAAGUGAGCAUGCGAGGCACAGGGCAGGCCCAUGGCUUCUGGAGUGUUCCAGAUCCGUUCCGAAGAGCCCAGCCCCGGAGAGCCUGGAGCAGGAAUGGGGGGCUGGGAGUUUUGCGAAGUCUGGAUGAAGGUCAACUUCCUGAAACAGUUCAGCGCAAGUGGGAAAGGGCUGGCUGCUUAGGGCCCAGGUGUAGAUGGAGUCUUGGGCUCAGGUGAAGGAAAAGGUUAAUGCCGCUAGAAAUGGUAUUCAUGAACGUGACUUCCAGAAGAGUCUGAACCCCAGCGCAAAGAAGGGAGAGUUGAAAUAGUAUUAUUGACCACGGUUGGUAUUGAUGACAAAUGGUGAUUUUAAUAAACCAUUAGCCCUACGAUGUUCAUUUAUGUUGUGAUUCUUGGCUGCUACUUAAUAAACCAGAAUUCUUCGGAUUUAUAAUGUAA